UCCAGUUACAAGCCGAACGUCAGCGCGCCAGUAAAGUAAAAAUUUCAAAAUCAACUUGAAAUUGAUAAUUUUUUUCAUUUAUUUUGAUCGAAUCAUUACCCAUAAUGCGUCGAGCAGCUCCCAACAAAGGUAACAACAAUGGUGAGCCAUCGUCGAAGAAGGAGAAGAUGGAUAAGAAGGAGAAGAAGUCGGGCGCCAAGGCAAAUUUGGCAUCGAAUGUUGCCAAGAAGAAGAUAAAGACCCCGUCGCCGGCGUCAUCGGCGAGCAGUGAUAGCGACAGCGACUCCACCAGCUGCACCAGCGGCUCCUCCAGCAGCUCAUCCUCCUCGUCGUCCAGCGAAUCGGAGAGUGAGUCUGACAGAAAGAAGCGACGUCAUCGUCGCUCGCGCAAGCUAAAGUCUUCGAGGAGCUCAAAGUGCAAGUGGAGGCAUAAUCGCUCCAGAAAGAAAGCUGGCGCUGCUGCCACGGAGCCGCUGCCGGUGCCACCGCCGUUACCAGCAACGGUUCAAGCUCUGUUCGCAGUAUCCGCCGUCGUGCCGACACCGGUUCCUGCGCCCAGCUCGACUCCGGUGCCAGCGCCUACACCAGCUACCCCAAAACUAAGCCGGCGGCCAAUGGAGAUCUGGUCGCCAGUGCCAUGCAGCAAGCGUCGGCGGAGUCGCAGCACUCAUCGCGCCCACUCUACGCCGUCGGGCUUCGAGUCGAAGGGCAAAAGCAAGCGCUCGUCAAAGUCGCAGCCUUCAAAGCCGAAGAAGAGAAAGUCGUCUUCGAAGGAGUCGCAGGGCAAGCUAAAAGAAAAGAGCCGCGGCUCGACCUCGAUCUCGACACCUUCUACCAAGUCUAAGAAAGCCUUGCCAACGGUAAUUGAGGAGCCAACGUCAAAGGAUAAGGAAAAACGCCGGAUAUCAGUGUCACGUGGCAGGGAGGAGACGGACAGACAGCCAACCACGCCAUCGUGGCCGUCCAGCAAGGUGCGGCUGCCAGAGAAGGUUCUGAAGUCUGAUUCAAAGGACGAACAGCGCCUCGAGUCCAGCAAGGACAUGGUCCAAUCGGAGAGUAAGUUGCACAUGUACAUGGCGGAGCACGACUCAAGAGUCAAAAUCCGGCACUCGUUGUCGCGUUCCCCAUCACGGGACAAGCGGCUGCGUCUGAUAUCGAAUGCGACGCCAGUGCCUGUGGAGAAGAGUCAUAACCAUGUCGCACGGUAUUCCAGUAACAAGAGCCGUCGCGGGAGCAGUCGUUCCUCGUCGCGCUCCAAGAAGUGGCGUUCAGGUUCGCGAUCGGGGCGACGAUCGCGUGAGAGGCGCUCGCCCUCCGAUCUGAGUCUACGGAUGCGCAAUCGCCGCUCGCUGUCGAGCGCAUCGACUCAAUCGAUCAGCUACCGACGUCGCAGCAUAGAUCUAACGCCGAGUCCGCUGCGCUUGCAAGACGACGAUCUGAAGACCGUGCGCCUGCAUAUCAAGGGCCUGACGCGCCAGGUGACCAAGACGCACAUUGUGGAGAUCUUUGGCAGCUUCGGUCCCCUGACCAAUGUCGACUUCCCCAUUGAUCACUUCUAUCGCGGCGGCUACACGCGCGCGGGCCGCGGCUUCGCCUUCGUCGAGUAUGCCAAUGCCGAGGACUGCGAGUGCGCGCUCAGGAACAUGGACGGCGGCAAGAUAGAUGGCCAGCGCAUCGUCGUCUCUCCCUUCGAGAAGAGCAUGCUGCGCUUUCCCAUGCGUCGGCGCUACCCCUCGCCGCUAAACCUGCGCAAUUGAACUGAAUGAGAGCCUACACAAGUUGCAACCAUAUCCACUUUGACCACUCGGCUGCCCACGCUAAACCCGUGCACUUCCCAUGUAUUAUAAUCAAAUGAGUAACGAGUUUAUUAAAAAAGCAUUCUAAAU